UUCUUCUAAAAUUCAAGAUCAAGAAAAUAAAAGUUCUACAGGCAGAGAAAACAAAAGAAGAAGGAGGAUCUAAUCAUCAUCCAUGAAGAAGCCGUCCUCAUCCUCAAAAGCUCCUAACAGUGUCCUUCCUUAUCAAACUCCAAGACUUAGAGAACACUAUAAUCUUGGAAAGAAAUUAGGCCAAGGUCAAUUUGGCACUACCUACCAAUGCACAGAAAAAGCCACAGGCAUUGAAUAUGCUUGCAAAUCAAUUCCAAAGAGAAAGCUUUUAUGCAAAGAGGACUAUGAUGAUGUAUGGAGGGAAAUCCAGAUCAUGCACCACCUGUCUGAGCAUCCAUAUGUUGUGAGGAUUAAAGGGACCUAUGAAGACAAUCUGUUUGUUCACAUUAUCAUGGAGCUGUGUCAUGGUGGUGAGCUUUUUGACAGGAUUGUACAAAAGGGUCAUUACAGUGAGCGAAAAGCUGCACAGUUGAUGAAGACUAUCAUUAGCGUGGUAGAGGCAUGCCAUUCUCUUGGGGUUAUGCAUAGAGAUCUGAAACCUGAGAAUUUCUUGUUUGAUACUGCUGAUGAGGAUGCCAAGCUGAAGGCCACUGAUUUUGGAUUAUCUGUCUUUUAUAAACCAGGGCAAUAUCUUUCUGAUGUUGUUGGAAGUCCCUACUAUGUUGCACCUGAAGUGCUGCAUAAGUACUAUGGGCCUGAAGCGGAUGUGUGGAGUGCUGGUGUUAUUCUAUACAUCCUGCUAUCUGGGGUUCCUCCUUUUUGGGCAGAAACGGAUAAUGGCAUUUUCAAGCAAAUAUUGAAAGGGAAAAUAGAUUUUGUAUCUGAUCCUUGGCCUCAGAUUUCAGAUAGUGCAAAGGACUUGAUACAGAGAAUGCUCUGCAGGGACCCUAGAAAACGAAUAACUGCCCAUGAAGUACUAUGUCACCCUUGGAUAGUUGAUGACAAGGUAGCACCAGAUAAACCUUUGGGUUCUGCAGUUUUAUCCCGUCUUAAGCAGUUUUGUGCAAUGAACAAACUUAAGAAGAUGGCUCUGCGCGUCAUAGCAGAGAGGCUAUCAGAAGAAGAAAUUGGUGGCUUGGGACAGUUGUUUAAGAUGAUUGAUACAGACAACAGUGGAACAAUAACUUUUGAGGAAUUGAAACAGGGAUUAAAAAGAGUAGGCUCUGAACUAAUGGAGUCAGACAUCAAAGCACUUAUGAAUGCGGCUGACAUCGACAACAGUGGCACAAUAGAGUAUGGUGAAUUUCUCGCUGCUACACUGCACAUGAACAAGAUGGAGAGAGAGGAAAACUUGCUUGCUGCUUUCACAUUCUUUGACAAGGAUGGUAGUGGCUACAUCACAAUUGAUGAGCUCCAAGAAGCUUGCAAAGAUUUUGGAUUGGCUGAUGGUCAACUGGAUGAGAUGAUCAGAGAAAUUGAUCAAGACAAUGACGGACGCAUAGAUUAUGGGGAAUUCGCUACAAUGAUGAGAAAGGGAAAUGCAGGACUUGGUAGCAGAACCAUGAGAGGAAAUAUCAACAUCAGUUUGGCUGAUGCCCUCGGAGCAAAAGAAAAUUUGGACUGAUUGAAAAGAUUUCUUGUAUUAUAUAUUCCAAUUGCUGAAUGAAUGUAAAUGAAAACCUCUCUGAUUCGGUCUAGUUUCACCUUCUUUUGUUACAAUAAUUUCUUUUUAGCUUCA